AACCGGCAGUCAGGACUUUAAUUAAUCAACCACUGGAAACUCAUCAGGAUGCGAGAGAUAGUGCACAUCCAGAUUGGGCAGUGUGGUAACCAAAUUGGGGCCAAGCACCAUGGGAUCGCUUUACCAGACAGACUGCAAUGGUUCAAGAAAUCCCACCACCCAUGAGGUGGUUAGAGUUCUGGGAAGUCAUUGGUGAAGAACAUGGAAUUGAUCUCAAAGGGAAUUACAUUGGAGACUCGGAUGUCCAACUUGAGAGGAUAAACGUGUAUUUCAAUGAAGCACAUGGUAACAAAUAUGUACCCAGAGCAAUCUUGGUGGACCUGGAGCCAGGAACAAUGGACAGUAUCCGAGGCAGCCAUAUUGGUCACAUGUUCAGACCAGACAACUUCAUUUAUGGUAAUUCAGGUGCUGGAAACAACUGGGCUAAAGGUCACUACACUGAGGGCGCUGAGCUGGUGGAGAACGUCCUGGAUGUAGUGAGGAAUGAGUGUGAGAGCUGUGACUGUUUACAAGGCUUUCAGAUCACCCACUCGCUGGGAGGAGGAACAGGUUCAGGCAUGGGCACGCUCAUCAUGAACAAAAUCCGAGAGGAAUACCCCGACAGAAUUAUGAACAGCUUCAGCAUCGUCCCUUCGCCAAAGGUCUCAGACACGGUGGUUGAACCAUACAAUGCCACCUUAUCCAUUCACCAGCUGAUCGAGAACACAGACUCCACCUUCUGCAUCGACAACGAGGCUUUGUACGACAUUUGCUUUCGAACCUUGAAGUUGGCCACACCAACCUACGGAGACCUGAACCAUCUGGUUUCGAUGACAAUGAGUGGUGUCACCACCUCCCUGCGUUUCCCUGGUCAACUCAACGCAGACCUGAGGAAGCUGGCGGUCAACAUGGUGCCAUUUCCCCGCCUGCAUUUCUUCAUGCCCGGCUUUGCCCCUCUGACGUCCCGUGGCAGUCAGCAGUACCGCUCGCUGACAGUGCCAGAGCUCACCCAGCAGAUGUUCGACCCCAGGAACAUGAUGGCGGCCUGUGACCCUCGCCAUGGCAAAUACAUGACGGUGGCAACAAUCUUCAGAGGCAGGAUGUCCACCAAAGAGGUGGAUGAACAGAUGUUAGCCAUCCAGGCCAAGAACAGCACCUACUUCGUGGAGUGGAUUCCCAACAACGUCAAGGUGGCUGUGUGCGACAUUCCACCACGGGGCCUCAAAAUGUCAUCCACCUUCAUAGGGAACAACACUGCAAUCCAGGAGCUCUUCAAGCGCAUCUCAGAGCAGUUUUCAGUCAUGUUCCAAAGGAAAGCCUUUCUGCACUGGUACACAGGAGAGGGCAUGGAUGAGAUGGAGUUCACAGAAGCAGAAUGUAAUACCAAUGAUUUGGUAUCCGAAUACCAACAAUACCAAGACGCUACUGCAGACCUUGAAGUAGAAGAGUAUGAAACGGAAGAGAAAGAGGCUGAACUGACCAAAUAAUUAACAGAGAGGACAAUUUAAAGAGACUACACGAUUGGACCAACAAAGGAUUUGAUCUUAGGAGCAACGUAACUGUGAAACUAACAUUCAAACAACAAAAAGAUCACCUAGUGAUCUCCAGCUGAACAUCGGCCUUAUUGAAAUUGGACACACCAGAGAAGAAUCUCAGUGGAUAGGAAAUUUGUGUUUGAAUUCUUAAAACUGGAAACCCUUCAGACUUCAGUUUCAAGAUUUUGGCCAACAUUUCUUGUCUAUCGUUAAGAGCUGAAUUUGGUUGCGAUAUUUGGAGGGUUGGACAUUUGGAUCAUCCCAUUCAGCAAGGACAAAAAAAGUAUUUAACUCAUUGAGCAAGUAUUGAUUAUGUGAUUGGGUCUCAGGAUAUUUUGUAAAUACAGUUGAAGGGUUGGGGGCACGGGUUUGUAAUUGUCAAUGUUGUGAAUUAUUUUAAUCAACUGCCAAUGUGAAACAGAUAUAUUUCACAUUUCCAAUGGCAAGACGUAGUCAAAACAUUACAUAGCAGACUGGAGAAUGAAACAGUGCAGCAUUUAUCAAUUAAUCAGGUUCAGAAAAAAGAUUUCUUCUUCAUUAAGCAAAUGAAAUAAGGCAAAUUGAAAACAGAAAAUUAUUUCAUUAAUUAUAGCAAUGCUCAUUUUUAAAAAAAAUUGACUAUAUCAAUCGACCACCAACAUCCUGGGUGUUACCAUUGACCAGAAACUUAAUUGGACCAGUUAUAUAAAUUCAAUGGCUAAAAAAGGGCAGAGGCUAGGAAUUCUGUAGUGAGUAACUUACUUCCUGACUCCCCAAGACCUGUCCACUGUCUACAAGUCACAAUGAUGUGGAGGUGCCGUGUUUUCAAAUGAACCUGUUGGUCUAUAACCCGGUGUCAUGUGGUUUUUGUACAAGGCACAAGUCAGGAGUGCGAUGGAAUACUCCCCAAUUGCUUGGAUAAGUGCAGCUCCAACAACAUUCAAGAAGCUUGACACCAUCCAGGACAAAGCAGCCCGCCUUAUCAGCAUCCCAUCCAUCACAUGGAACAUUCCAUCCCUCUACCACCGAUGCUCAGUAGCAGCAAUGCGUACCAUUUUCAAGAUGCACUGCAGCAAUUCGCCAUGGCUCUUAGUACAGUCGUUUGCAAACCUGUGACCUUUACCAUCUAGAAGGACAAAGGCAGCAGAGUCAGAAAUCACACAACACCAGGUUAUAGUCCAACAGGUUUAUUUGAAAACACGAACAUUCAGAGUCUUACUCCUUCUUCAGGUGUCAGUGAGAGAGGUAGUGUCAGACACAGCAUUCAUGAGUAAAAGAUCAAAGGGUCACACCAUUGAUGAGGAUGUACUAAACAAACCUAAGAUGCUGUUAAAUCUUUAAUCAGUUAGAAAGUUUUAAUUGAUUAAUAUGUAUAUGUUAAUCCCCAAAUUCCUUUCAAGUCACUGCCCUGAGAGAACAAAGGUUUUAUCAGUGUAAAGAAGUGUUAGGUCAGACAAUGCAUGUUAGGUGUGAGGCCUUGUUUAGAACCUGUUUGUGUUUUGGUUUGGAGUCAGACUAGUUUUACUUCUAAAGCAGGAACAGCCUCGAUCAGGCACUGCUCGCAUUUGGUCAAGCAACAAUCCCCUGCCCUCCCACUUGGCAAAUCACCUGUACAGGUUGACCAGCUGGGCACACUGCAUGGCAACAGACCACAAGCAAAUCAGUAUAUUCCUUUGGCAGUGGACUUUAAGUGGUGGCGGGGAUAAUGUUGACAAUGGACUUUGCCACCCUGAACAUGAUUCUGAUAGAAAUGGGAAGGUGACAAGGUUUGGGUAUGCCACCGUUCUGCCUCAUUAGUUAUCCUUCCCACCUCCAGAAGCUUUUGUCCUUACAAAUAUCCAGACUGAGACAUCUGUGGCAGCUACAGUUGUGGAGACAUGAGAUGGAAUAACUUCUUAGGUUGCAGAAUUCUUGAAAGACCUCUGGAAUUUGGUUGUUGACGUUUCGAAUUGGUGAAUCUGACAAAACGCACAUGCCCAAAUUUCCAAACCACCAUUCCCUGCCCCUGCCUAGUCCAUAAAGUUCUGAAUUCUAAUCAAUGCACUUAUUUUAGCACAGAAAACAAUGUAAAUGUUAACAUUUUCUAUUUACUGGGGAGAGCUUGUGGCUAGAUUAGACAGGUUUACUUAGUGAACCAUAUUGAAGGGGAAUAGUUUGUUAUAAAAUUAUAAUACCCCCAACACGACCAUGUGGUAUAGUUGAGCCAAUAGCAUCGAUACCUUUAAGAAGAAGCUAACCAGAGAGAAAGGGGUUGAAGGCUAUGCUGUCAGACUGAGGUAAAAUAGGUGGCAGGAGGCCACCUGUGUAGCAUUAACCCCAGCCUAGACCAGUUGGGCUGAAUAGUGUGUUUCUGUGCUGAAAAUUCUGUUAUAUGCAACUGAACAAUUACGUGAUGUUUAAAUCAUUACUUUUGCAAAUUGCUGAGUGUUAAUGUGGGAUUGUGUGUAGCUUCUCAUUAUGUGACUGCUUAUGACCUAUGUUAUUUACAUAAAGCCUGUUUAAACUAUCAAUAGAUAUUUAGUAACUUCAAUUCUUUCUGUAUAAUCAAAGCUGACAAAAGUUUUAACCUUGCCUGCACAGCCACUUAAGGCUCAUUUGAAUAAAAGUCCUGCUCUUAA